AUGAUUAAGUCGGUUAUUACUUUCCGUGGUGGUCACAUUUAAUACAUUUAAAAUUGUGGACUGGGCACCGAAUACCCUAUAAACAAAUAAUAAAGGUAAAGCCCAAUAGCAACCCACCAAUAAAAUACGAAAAAGGUUUAUAGGGUUUCUCAGAAAAUUACGCAGAUCAAAGUGGAAAUGUCGGACUAUGCUUCUCCCGAAAAAUCGCCCUUCACUAUUUUCUGUGAGUAUUCAGCUCUGAAGCAUUCAACCAUACAGUUAGCCCAUAGUUUUGACACCAAACUCCAGGAAUUGAGACAUUUCAACCGCAAAACUACCACCUCCAAAGAUGAGCUCAGAGCUUCCAUAAGGUGCAUUGGCAGAUGCAUUGACAGUUUUGAGGAAUCUUUUACUGAGCAUGCUGUAGUGAUCGAUGGUAAAGUGGAUCGACCUGUGGUCAACUUUUCUGAAGAUUUGACCAACGAUCAGCUCCGGUCAAAUGCAAAGCUCCUUUUGAAGUAUUUCAAGAAACGUACCCUCCGCUACUUCUAUGACGCUUUCUUCCCUGAUCCUCUGGAUCUGCAUAUCGAUGCUGUGCCCAAGUGUGAUUUCAUCAGGUCUCAUCUCGAAAACUUUGAGUCUCUCAUUGACCGUGUCAUGAUGGAAGCUUAUGCCUGCAAAACAAGUUCUGAAGAUGAAUAGUUUACCUAGCUUACCUUAUCAUUUAUGCUGUGGAUGGAUGUACUUACCUAAGUGAUGGAUCGAUUGGCUUAUUUUAUUUUAACUUUGAUGUGGAUUUGUGUUAGUUUGUCACACUCCUAAUGAUGUGCCACGUUUUUAUGUUACUAUGUCUCACUCUCAAACUAAUGGAUCUGUGUUAUAUGUCUUA